GGUGGAUAUCGUCCUCGUCGCGUUUCAAUCUCUCAGUACGAGCAGCUAAGUGCUGCAGCAGCAGAAGGUCUGAAAAGAGAGAGUUCCAAGUCGUCUGGAGCAAUCGGUGUGAAGGUGCCUCACCACUACCGUGCUAAAACCCCAACAACAGCUCAAUCAAAGGCCGAGCAUUCCGUCAUCUCCCCAGCAAGCAGUAUUGGGGUAUCUCCUCCCCUGCGUUCGCCUCCACGUAGCUAUGAUACAACCUUGCCAUCACCUCACACUCGGACCGUGUCGUCACCGCCGCCAGUCAUUCCUUCCUCCUUCGAAACGUUCGCGCACUAUAUCUUCGGCGAGCUCAGGAAGGGAAAGCGUACCGAUUGCCACCCCCUCUGGGUCGUCUACUCCAGUGCCGGCCACUAUAUACAUCGCGACCUCAAACGAAAAAGUUCUGAGCUCCCCUCAACGUCUUGUAUCUCCGCCGAUCUCUUUGGAAGAAGUUUCCAACAACUAUGA